AUGGUAUAUACCUUCACACUUCCUACCACCUCGCCGCUGUCCUUCCAGACAUUCAUUUCGUCCUCCACACACCCCUCCAUCCCACAAUCUGCGUCCACCGCCCGCCAUGCCCUCCGUCUCACCUUGAAAGCACAUAAGCACCUCUCCCACGGUCUCCGCCAGGAUGCUCACCUCCCAACAGUCCUAUCCGCCCUCAACGAAUAUAUCCCUUACCUAUUUGCCAUCUCGCACGGUCUGAGAGGUCAAUCCAUUCAAUGUGAUACACAUGCAGAGGAAAUCGACAUCACAGUGCGCGCCGAGAUCGAGUCUGAGUGGAAACCCACCUUAUCAGCUAGCAGUGCAAUCAACAUCCGGCCAAAUGCGACUACCUCGGGGGCUGUCCCUGGCCGCACGCGCAAUGGCCGCAUCUCCGGUCGCGGAAUCGACUUUGAAAUCGCAUUCACGCUUACAACUUUGGGUUAUGUGCUGAGCCGACUCGCGCGCGCUGGUGUUGUUGAGUCUCUCUACGCGUCUACCACACCGACCCCCGAGCAGCGCACCGCGGCAGUCCAAACCGCAACGAAACACUUGCUCCUGGCGAGCUCUGUCCACGGGCUCCUUGCGACAUCCCCGCUUUUCACUGCGGCUACAGCGUCUGCGAUCCCGGAUCUCAACGCAUCUACACAAUCCGCGCUUUCCUCGUUAGCAUUGGCCGAAGCUACUCUGCUAGCAGUGCUGAAGGAUGAUGCGCAUGUCGCGGCUUGUAUUCAGGCUCGCAAUCCGAAUGAUCGGGAAUGGAUGGUUCGCGCCCCGGAGAUCCCCAAAGUGCGUGCCUUACUUUUUGCCCGACUCUGCGUUCGCGCGGCAGAGUAUGCGGAACAAGCAGCGGCGGGGCUGGGAGCUGUUGGACCUGGAUCUGGUAAGUCAGCCCGGGUGGAGGAAGAUGUGACUCGUUAUGCUGGGGCAUUGGGUCGUGUAGCUCGUGCGCGGGCUUGUCGAUUCUUUGGCGUGGAUGCUGAACUCGCUGGGAAGACCGGCGAGGGUAUUGCAUGGCUAAAAGCUGCGAGAUCAGCUCUUGGGCUACGCGACCAGGGUUCUUCUUCUACGACAGAUGAAGCUGGGAACGCCCCUAGCAAAGGUGGGUUUUCCCGGUUAAAACGGGAGUGGAUGGAGCGGCGGGAAGAACGGAAGAUUGGAAAGGAUGCCGGUGGUUCUCGCGGUGCUAAGGGAUCUUUGGAUCCUGGAGAUGACGCGGGCCGUGGCGAAGAAGGAAAUGUGAUUGACAUGCUCGAGAAAAAGUGGACGGAAAUGAAUGACACCAUGAAUACUCAAACAAUCCCUCCGUCCGCUCCGCUAUUAGCCAAUUUACCGUCAGGGCGUGACAUCCACACUCCGCCUGCACCCUAUACUCCACCAUCCAUAGACGCUGAUCAACUCCUGCGUAUGCGAGCUCCACCAGAUGAACAUCAAAACUUGCAUUUCGCCAGCGAGGACGACAGUGAGGAGGAAGCGUCGCCCAUGCCAGGCCCACCGGGUGGCUUUCCGGAUCGAGCUCAGACUGCCUCCAAUGUAUAUUAUUGA